UUUUUUUUUUGUUUCUUUUUUUUUGGUUUUGAUGCAGAAGUGACAAAAGUGACUCGAAUAUAAACAAUAUAUAAGCAGUUUAUAAACAAUUUGUAUGUGUUAAUCAUUGAUAAAAAAUUUUAAGCUAUUAGGAUACAGAUAUCACUAUAUAGUAUGAAUGAAGCUUUAUUAGAAAAACCAUCAUGGCGUCGUCCGUCUUUCCGGCAAGUAGUGUGCCAUUGUGUCUCACGCUUUCGUAUUGAAGGUACAGAAUGACGGACGACGUGGUUGUCCUAGAAGAUGCUGUUCACAGAGAGGAAGAGAUAGCUCAUUUUCAAGCUCCUGCAAUUCAGCAUAAUCCUGAUGGUUGGGGACCAUGUGAAUUACCUGACCAAUUUAAGGAUAUACCUUAUCAACCAUUUUCAAAAGGGGAUAGAUUAGGGAAGACAAAUAUACAUCGCAGUUUGGUUCAGGUAGCCAAUAUGCAUACUAUCAUGAUGAAGAUGAAACAACUUUCCAUUUGGUUGAUACUACCCGUGUACAAAAACCACCUUAUCAACGUGGUGGUAGAUUCCGUCAUAACCAAAGGAACUUACGCGGUCGUGGAAGCCAACGUGGUUCGUUGAGCCAAAUGCAACAACUUGGUAAAUUAAAACUUCGCGAAAGAGAUCGUAAAGGGCAAGCAAAACGUUGGGGUAGACAGCAAGGUCUACGCAAUCAUAAAAAUCAACCGCCAAUUAAAAUUCGCGAUGCAUCUGUUACCGUAAGACCCGAUUGGGUAACAAUUGAAGAAAUGGAUUUUCCACGUUUAGCAAAACUAUCUCUACCUGGUGUAAAAGAUGGGGAAGAUAUUUUAUGUUGUGGAUCUCUUGAAUAUUAUGAUAAAACUUAUGACAGAGUGAAUGUCAAAAGUGAAAAGCCAUUGCAAAGAAUUGAUAGAAUUUUCCACACAGUUACUACUACUGAUGAUCCAAUAAUUCGUAAGCUUUCAAAAACAGAAGGAAAUGUUUAUGCUACAGAUGCAAUCUUAGCAACAAUAAUGUGUUGUACUCGUAGCAAUUACUCUUGGGAUAUUGUAAUUGAAAAAAUUGGAGACAAGCUAUUUUUUGAUAAACGAGAUAAUACUGAAUUUGAUUUAUUAACUGUAAAUGAAACCAGCGUUGAGCCUCCUCAAGAUGAUGGCAAUUCUUUAAAUUCUCCUAGAAACUUAGCAUUAGAAGCUACAUUUAUUAAUCACAACUUUUCUCAACAAGUGCUGAAAUCCAAUGAACCUAGAUACAAAUUUGAGGAAGGAAAUCCAUUUAUUUCAGAAGAAGAAGAAGGUGAUGUUGCUAGUGUUGCAUAUCGGUAUAGAAAAUGGGAUUUAAAUAAUGGAAUUGUUCUUGUUGCAAGAUGUGAACAUGAUGCUGUAAUGCAGGGUCCUAACAAUGAAACUCAAUUUUUAACAAUUAAAGCUUUAAACGAAUGGGACUCGAAAUUAGCCAACGGUGUUGAAUGGAGGCAAAAAUUAGAUACACAGCGUGGUGCAGUAUUAGCGAAUGAAUUGCGCAAUAAUGCUUGUAAGUUAGCUAAGUGGACUGUUCAAGCAUUAUUAGCAGGUUCAGACCAAUUGAAAUUUGGUUAUGUCUCUAGAGCAAUGGUUAGAGAUUCCAGUAAACAUGUCAUUCUUGGUACACAGCAAUAUAAGCCAAAUGAAUUUGCAACACAAAUUAAUCUUAAUAUGGAUAAUGCAUGGGGUAUUUUACGAUGUAUUAUCGACAUUUGCAUGAAGCAGAAAGAUGGAAAAUAUUUAAUUAUGAAAGAUCCAAAUAAACCAAUGAUAAGAUUAUACGAUAUUCCGGAUAAUACAUUUGAAAGUGAAGGAGAAGAAGAUGAUGAUGAUGACGAACCUGUCAAUGAUGCAUUUCAAAGUUAACAGUUUUAAAUCUUAAAUUUUUUUGGAUUAAUAUCUUUUUGGAUUAAAAUCACUAAUUUAUAUGAUGAACAUACAUAUUGUAAGAAGAAUGAAAAUUGGUAUAAUAAACAAUUUUGAAUUCAGCUGUUCAUCAUCCAAUUCUAAAAACCUUUAUGAUUAAUUUCAUAUUAACAUAAAGUAUUUAUGAAUUUUAUUAUAUAUAAUUUUAGUCAAAUUCACUUUAUUCAAUUUAAAAUUAAACUUUUCAUCAUUAACCUAAAUAUUUUUCUUACUUAUUAAUAUUUUUUCUAUUUUCUUCGAUUAUAAUAAGCAGAACUUUUGUGGUAAAAUACUAAUUUAUAAUACAAUUUUAUUUUAAUACUACCUAAUUAGUCAAUAGUUCUAGAUAUUGCUUUCUUGCAAUCGAAAUCUAGAGGCAUAGACGAG